UUGCGUGCGGUUGUCGCUGCUGCCGCCGCCGUUUUAGCCAAUUCUCGCGUAGAACGCUAUCUGUGCGCGUGUGUGUGUGUUGAGCCAUGCCACAAUUGGCAGCAUGUGUGAAACUCUGUGUGGCUGCAAUUGAAAAUUGUGCCAACGCCUGAUGCAUUGACACAGUUAUUAUUUAAAAGAAGUAGAAAAAAAAACCAAAAAUAUAUAUAGGCGACCCAUUUAGCCAGAGAAGACGUUGCGACAAGGACGCAAGCGGCUUUGCAUUUAGCCGCUAACAGUGUGAAUCAUUCAACCCAACAAUAACAACAACCACAAAGAGUAGUAAAAGUGGAGCAGCAAUAAUAAGACAUCUAAGUAGAAAUAACAGCAGCAAGCUGCUAGCUCCAAAUGGUAAAGCAGAAGAUAUCAACAACAAUAACAACAGCAGCAACAACAACAACGACAUACAAGUGAAUAAGAAAUUGUCAUGCUUUCAUUAACAGCAACAAUAGCGGCGACAACAGCAACAAAUCAAAACACAAAUUUAGCUGUCAGCAAAUUGUGUUAAACGCCCACCGAAAACAGUGACUGUGGUGCUGUGAGUGUCUCGGUGCCUGUGAAGCGUACACGCUUAAAUCGUGACUCGAAAUGCGACAUUCAUUUGGCUAUUUAUUGCUGCUGUGGCUGUGCCUGCACCUCUGUCAAUUUACGCUGCUGCAGGCGAGCAUUCUUAACACACUGCUGGGCGUGCCCACCGAGUGUGUGCAUCAGAGCGGCGUUUGGCCCUGCAAGCUGAGCUUCUCCUGCUGGCUGCAGGGCGGCAGGCAUGCCAAGGGCUGCGGCAGCAACAAAUGGCUAUUCAGCUGCUGCAUUGCCGAGCCGCCGCAGCAUCUGCAUCAAUCGCCGCUGGAGAAUCUGGUGGACUAUGGCAAGCUGAAGAUGGGCCUGAACAGCUUGCCCAAGCGCAUUAUGCUGCGGCGGCGCGAUGAUAACGACCUGCUCAAUCUAAAGCCGGAAUGUGGAUUGCCGCGCAUAGCGCAGAACACGCUGCAGAAGCGCAUUAUUGGCGGUAGACUGGCACAGUUUGCCGAGUAUCCGUGGCUGGCGCACAUACGCAUUGCGGAGUAUCAGUGUGGCGGUGUGUUGAUAUCGGCGAAUAUGGUGGCAACGGCGGCGCAUUGCAUACAGCAGGCCCAGCUGCCCGAUAUAACGGUGUAUCUGGGCGAGCUGGAUACCCAGAAUCUGGGGCAUAUACAAGAGCCGCUGCCCGUGGAGAAGCACAGCGUGCUACAGAAGAUAAUCCAUCCGCGCUUCAACUUUCGCAUCACACAGCCGGACCGCUAUGAUCUGGCGCUGCUUAAGCUGGCCCGGCCGACGGGUUUCAGCGAGCACAUCUUGCCCAUAUGCCUGCCGCAGUAUCCCAUACGGCUGGUGGGGCGCAAGGGACUGAUAGCCGGCUGGGGCAAGACGGAAGCGCAUAUGGGUCAUGCGGGCACCAACAUGCUGCAGGUGGCCAGCGUGCCAAUCAUAUCCACCCUGGAUUGCGUGCGCUGGCAUGAGAGCAAACAGAUCAGUGUGGAGAUCAAAUCGGAAAUGUUUUGUGCCGGUCACUCCGAUGGACACAUGGAUGCGUGUUUAGGUGACUCGGGCGGUCCGCUGGUCAUCAAAGAACAUGGUCGCUUCGUGCUGGUGGGCAUUACGAGCGCCGGCUUUGGCUGUGGCGUGGAUCACCAGCCCGGCAUCUAUCACAAUCUGCAGAAGAGUCUGCGCUGGGUGGAGGAUGUGGUGAAGCGCAAUGAGCCAUAGGGCACGGCAGCUACAACAAAUCAUGUGGCAGACUGAAAUGGGCGCCCGACACCCGACUCGACCCCUGGAUGUGGCAGCGCAAUCUCAUUAGUUUAUGGCGUCUAACAUUAAGCAAUGGCCUGUGCAAUGACAGCAACAACAACAACAACAACUACAGCAAUAAUAUU